AGCUACACAAGAACCAAUCAAAUUCCUUGUCUUCACACAGACUGUUUGUGUUCUUUUAAAUCAUUCAAUGCUCUAAAAGUGCAUUUAACAAGAAAUCACUCUGAAAAUGCAAAACAAACAAGUGGAUCAGAACCACCACCUUUGAUAUUUCAUUGUCCUCUCUGUGAAUUUAAAGAACCCUGCACAGAAUCCUUUUAUGUGCCAUUUGCGUCAACAUCUGAAAAAUAAUGAAAUGGUUCAGUGCCCAUACAAAGACUGCAAUUUUGAAAGCAGAAUUUAUUCCACAUUUAAUGCUCAUAAAAGUAAGCAACACCAGUUUGCCACUCAGAGGAACUUCAAGCCCAACAUUUCAGUGGAGUUGCAAAUUGUUGCUGCCGAUUUACAGCAAGAUGUUACACAAAGUACAUCUUGCUAUGAUUCAGUUGAUUCUACAGAGUUUGACCAGGAUGAAUAUGAAGAAGGUGACCCAAAUCAAAGUCUGGAUGAUUUACAGAGACAACUUAAGCAUAAUUUAGGAUUGCUUUUCCUUAAGAUGCAAACCAUUUUGCAUAUAUCUGAUGCAGCAGUACAAGAAGUAAUACAACAAAUUACUCAGUUUUUUCUUCUGUCAAGGCCCCUUUUGAGUAAUGGCAUUCAGCAGAUUUUAAACCAACAUGAAAUCACUUAUAGUGAUAAUGUUUUGAAAGACAUUGUGAAAGUUGUCACAGAGAAUAAUCUGAUCUUAAAAAUGACUGAGUCUGGUGAGCCUCUAUCUACCAUCAGUAAAAGAGCAUCAUACUUUGAGAGAGAAUUUCCAAUAGUUAUGCCAAUAGAAUACAAACUUGACAAAGAAUCACAGUCUUUUGCUUAUGUGCCAGUCUUGAACAUGUUACAGCUGCUUUUAAACAGAUCAGAGGUCCUUGAUAAAGUUCUUGCUCCCGAUGGCAGUGCAUGUGGAAUUAGCUCUUACAGAGAUGGCACUAACUACUCUGAGAAUCCUUUUCUGAUGGCAGAAAAAUUUAGGAUUUUACUUACCCUCUACACUGAUGAAUUUGAGAUUGCCAAUCCUCUUGGCACUUCAAAAAAGAAACACAAGAUGUUCAGUGUUUACUGGGUCCUUGCCAAUCUUCCCUCUAAGUAUCGGUCUUCUCUUCAUGCAAUUCAGUUGGCAAUCUUAUGCAAAGCUAGUGCAGUGAAACAGUAUGGAUAUGAAAAAGUUCUACAACCUCUUGUUCAAGACCUGAAAACAUUAGAGAAACAUGGCAUCUUCAUAGAGCGGUUAGGAGAAUGUGUAUUGGGAACUGUUCUCUGUGUGUCUGCUGAUAACCUUGGUGCCCAUUCCUUGGCAGGAUUCCAAGAGAGUUUCAUUGUGGAACACCCCUGUCGCUUCUGUAUGGUGAAGAAGUGUGAAAUCCAACAAAGAGAGGUACGGACAGGAGCAUUUGAAUCCAGGACCAAGCUAAAUCACGACAGGUCCACAUGACAAUGGAGAUGAGAACUGUUUUAAGAGUUAUUGUGACUGACCAUGACAUUCACAAGGUCACGCUUCCUAGCAAACCACAAACCCUGGACUCCCUGAUUGAACAGCUUGGGCAGCAUCUUGAUCUUCCAUACACGUUCUCUCUUCAGUAUGAAGACGCUGAUUUUAACAAUGCACUUGUUAACCUUACUGACA